UGUGUACAGAUGCACCUGUGCACGGGUGAGGUGAGUGAUGUCACUGUCUAUGGGGGAGGGGAGGUAUCCGAAAGUACGGCCUGCCUGGACAGAUACUUUUACACCUGCAAACUGAGUGAAGCAAGUGCAAGAUAUUCGAAGAUAUCGUUAAUUGUUUUUUAAAUAUGCUUCCUUUAGAUAAGCCACUUAAGCGAACUAAUCGACUUGUAUGAUAUUUGGGUGAAAAUACCGAAGAGAACUUAGUGCGUGGCAAAACCAUGGAGAAGCCGACGCUAACAGCGGCGCUGUUCUGCUACCUUUUUUCUACAGAAGUGCUUGCCAUCCAGGUGACAGUUCCACAGACAGAACGGAGCACCACUCUGUUUGCCUCGGUCAUCUUACGCUGUGACUACUCUACUUCAGUCAGCCAGCAAGACGUGCUGGUUACAUGGCGCUACAAGUCCUUCUGCUUGGACCCGGUGUUGCAGUACUACUCAACAGCGUACCAGGCGGCUCUGAGUCUGGGACAAGACCCAGCCAAUGACUGUCCCGACCGCCAACGCACUGUCCGCACAGUUGUCCAGAAGAGAGGCACCAAUGAGCCCAUACUGGGGGUAGAAUACCGUGAACGCAAAAUCACCAUCCAAAACAAAGCUGAUCUGGUCAUCACUGAGGUCAUGUGGUGGGAUAAUGGUGUGUAUUUCUGUUCCAUUGAUGCAGCUGGAGACACCAUCGGAGACUCUGAUCGGGAAAUCAAACUCAUUGUGUACCAUUGGCUGACUGUGCUGUUGAUCAUUCUUGGGGCAUUGCUUCUGAUCACACUUUUCUGUAUCUGCUGCUGUCAAUGCUGCCCUCAGAACUGCUGCUGCUAUGUUCGCUGCCCAUGCUGUCCAAGAACAUGCUGCUGCCCAGAGAAAGUGGUGAUGCAACACAGGAUGAUGCGUGAGGCUCAGAAAGCCAUGGCUCCCUGGCUCCAUGGCCAACCUAUUUAUGCCCCCGUUGGGUCUAAUGGAUCUUCUCAGGCAAACCCUCUGCUCUACUCAGGUUCUUUCUCAGAACAUUCUUCUAAACACAAUAUACCAAUGGCACCAGUGGCUGUUCCUGCCCUGCAACCUGGCCCGCCUAUGGUACUUCCGCAUGGUGUCCAAGCCAAUGGGAGUGUGCGUAGUAGUGUCCAUGGCAACAGUCAGAUGCUAGACUUCCUGGAGAGUCAGGUGAGGGGAAUGGAUGUGGGAACCCCACUUUUUCAGCCUCCAGCUCAGUAUGUGGCAACCCAUCUUCAGGCCCCGGCUCCUCAGCAUGUAGUCCUUCAGCCCCAACCUGUGCAAAAUGUACAACCCAUGCAGCCAUUAACACAGACCGUGCCUUUCUCCCCCGGACCUCCUAGUAUGCUUUCAGCUUUGGAUGAAAUGGGUGUGCAUGGUGUAGAGCGCAGGGUCAUCCAGUUGCCCCCCAUCAUGGGCCGGGCACCAAGCCUGACCUCUCGCAGGGGCCCAAGGGAGAACCAUGGGGUACCCCAACUCUCCAGUCAGUCAAGUGGCAGCUCACACCACGCAGGUCAUAACCGUGACAAUUCCCGGUAUCCUGGGUCAUCACGGCGUGGGAUCCUGCGCAGCUACAGCGAUGAAUCUGACUGGAAUGACAGGCGGUUGGGCCGAGGCUCACAAGAACACAGGGGAGAUAGAGGCACACAGAGUUCUCGCCCACGUGCUCGCAGCAAAGCCGAGCUAAUAAGGGAACUGCAAAGGGCAACUUCUCAACGAGACAGGAGCUACUCUCCCACACCUCAGGGAGGCUUCUGGAGCUCAGAGGAGGAGGAUGAUGGUCACAGAGGGGUAUCAAGAUCGCGAGACAGAGCUUGGCCUGAGAAACCACCUAGUUACUCUGCAGUUGAAAUCCAGCCGGGCCGUAGCAAGAGGACCAGUGAACACAACUCGGACAAGAGCUCUCGCAGUGGUGUCAGCGUUGUCAUCUGAAGCCUCUUCGUGCUUUGUACUGUAUUUUCCCAGUGAGUGCCUAAGUAAGCAUGACUGUUUCUGUAAUAGGGAGUGUUGCACGUAUCAUUCUGAAGAACAUUCUGAGAUCAUGCAAGAAUAAACAGCACUAGGCCAGAGGUACAAGAAGAAUAGAAUGAAGUUUUGUAAUUUUAAGAUUCAUAUCCUCUGUUUUUAUAUGGUUCAGUGUAUGCUCUGUAUUUUCAAAUACUGUUUGGUUUUUAUACUUCAAUGGGUUGCAUUUCAGCUAAAGAUUUUUAUUGUUGUGUUUUUUUUUUUUUUUUUUUUUUUUUUUUACUAAAUAACUAAUUUUACAAGCUGAUUUCAUUUUAGAAUUUUGGAAUAUCUGUAUAGUUUGAAUCCUUUUUUGUUAUGCAGCAGGUUUUGUCUCAUACUUGGUGCUGUUUGAUUACACAAUGAAGGAAUUCUAGUUAGACACAGUUUGUUAUAAUGUUAUAAUUACACCUUACUCUGUGAGUAGCCACACCGUUCUACAUGCUCUACAUCCUUAUCCCCUCAGAAAACUAGCCCAGUUUCUUUUAACCUUUUCUGGAACCUAAUAUUCACUUAACUUGUAUUCUAUAAAUACAUUUUUAUUUUAAAUGCA